AUGGCGUUCUUUGGUAAAAUUGGGAAAUUACUCAAGAGCUCUGCUGUCAAGCACAUCAAUCAUGAUAUUUCUAUGUCUACUCCUUUGGCAUUCCAAGCGAUUAGAUCUAUGUCAUCUGCCAAGCUUUUUGUUGGAGGUAUUUCAUAUAGCACCGACGAUACCAGUCUCCGAGAACAUUUUGCUCGCUAUGGGGAAGUUAUUGAUGCAAAGGUUAUUAUGGAUCGUGAAACCGGCAGGUCCAGAGGUUUUGGCUUCAUAACUUAUACAACAAGCGAGGAUGCAUCUGCUGCCCUUCAGGCAAUGGAUGGCCAGGAUCUUCAUGGUCGGACAGUACGCGUGAACUAUGCUACAGAAAGGUCACGCCCUGGGUUUGGUGGCGGAGGUGGCGGCUAUGGUGGAGGUGGCGGCUAUGGUGGAGGUGGUGGAUAUGGCGGCGGUGGUGGUGGCUAUGGCGGCGGUGGCGGAUAUGGUGGUGGUGGAUUUGGCGGUGGUGGCUAUGGUGGUAGUACUUAUGGCCGUAAUGAUAAUAACAACAGUGGAAGCUAUGGAAGUGGUGGUUAUGGUGCUCCGGGAAGCUAUAGUGGUGGCAAUGCCAAGACUAGUUAUGCUGCUCCUGGUGAACACGGAAGCAAUUCUAAUCUGGGAUAUGAUGGUCAACAUGGUAGCCCCCAAGAUGGCGGUGUUUUCGUUGAGCCACUUGAAAACAACCAUGUGACAGAGAACAAUGACGAACCUAAUGACUACGCAGAGACCCGGAGGUGA